AUGCCUAGGAAGACGACUGACAAUUUACUGCCACUAGAUCCGGAGAUUGAGAAGACCUGCCGUCGGAACAAGAAGCAGGUCAAGUUAGGGAAGCAGCCAACCACAACUACUAGGCCUUCCCUAAACCAGAGAGGGCAGGCUUCAUCACCUGUCAUCCCUACACCACCGACACUACCACCACCGCGCGACAUCGAGCCUGUCAUCAUGGCAGACGAGCAUCGUUCGAUCAGGGCUCGUUAG